CACAUGUGUUUGCGUGUGUGUGUAUGUAUAUAUUUAUAUUGAUAGAUGUUAACAACACUGGUCCAGAAGCUCUUCCUGUUUCCAUUUUUUAACACUGAAUAAAAUAUUUAUAUUAAUUAAUAUUAGAACAAAAUGUAAUUAAAAUCCAACCGAAUCAAAAUUGUGUUAGUAAAAUAAAUGUGAACUAAAAAACUUAAAAACAACAGGAAUUGUUUCUGGACCAGUGUUGUUUACAUCUCACUAAAUGGUGUAUGCGUGUGUGCACGCGUAUACCUCACACUAUGAAAUAAAUGUUUUUCUCUAAUACACACUGAACACAAUUAUGGCCCGCUCCCCAGAAAUUUUUAUGAGUAAAAUAUCUCUGAAGUAUAUUCCCUUUGAUAUUAACAUAAUAACACAAAGCCCCCCUUAGUCAUUCAUCACACAAAAACAGACUAUAAAACCAAAGUCUGAUGGUCAGCAAAAGAUGAGCUUCACAAAAUAGAAAGUGGUUUUAAGGAAAUAGUUUAAACAUAGACACAUCUAUUUCAACUGUCAGGGCAAUAAUAGAGAUGAUUUAAUCAACUGGAGAUGAUGCAAAUCUGCCUGACGUGUGUCUAUAUCAUCUUAAUACUCAGCAAGGACAAAGACUCUCCAAGGAUCACAGAUGGAAAAAAUCAGUUGAAUCCUGAGGUCAGAAAGCUAAAAUGAAAUGAAGGAAAACAGCACCACAAGUUGUUUGGGACACAGUUUAAGAAAUCCUCUGCUCUCAUGCAAAAACAAACUCAAGCAUAUUCAACUUUAAACAGGAGUGCUGUGGCCAUAUGAAACCAAAAGCAUUUUUUUGCACCGAGAACACAAGAUGGCUUUGGUGCACACAGGGAUUAAACAGUGCUCCAUGUCUACAGUUAAAUAUACUCACAGACCUUCAUUGUUUUGAACUUUUCUACCAACGGUCUUAUCCAGAUACAUAACGUCAUGGAUUACAUCAAAUACCAACAGAUAGAAAAGUCAAAACCUGACUAGAAAUCUUAUAAUGGGUCGUGGUUAAACUUUCCAUCAGGAAAUGGGUUAAAUGGGUCACUAAGCACAAAGUCAAGGUUCUGCCAUAGCCAUCUCAGUUCCUGGACCUGAACCAUACAAAAGAUGACUGAAGAGGAGAGAACAGCAACAUAAGAAGGGUCUGGAGAAAGUCUGUAUGGAGGAAUCUAAGAUCACUUGCCAUGAAUUCUUCAACCUCAUCAGACAUUAUUUAUAAUACAAGACUCUGAGCUGUUAAACUUCCAAAUGGAGGUAGCAAAGAAGAUUAAAUUAAACAUUGGAUUUUUGUAAAAAAUAUUUAUUAAAGCUCAAAAGGAGAAGCAAUGUGCAUUUAUUUUCACAGCCUUCUUUGCUCAUAUUUACCAAGGGUAUGAAUAUUUUUCUCCACAGCUGUGUUCGUGCGUACGUGUGGGUGUUUCAGAGUGUGCGUAAGUGUGUAAAGAAAUGCGUAAUUGGCGAUCUUGGUAUAUAUAUAUAUAUAUAUAUAUAUAUAUAUAUAUAUAUUCAAGCAAAUGCUUAUGCAUUUUACAACUUACAUUAUUUACGUGCUAUAAAAUUGCAUUAUUUACUAAAUCCUUGCUACCCAAUGCAGAUGUAGUGUAGUGAAAUGUAUCCUUUGUCUUUUUCACUUGCAAUACUUUGCUGUGCCAAUUUUAACAUUGCUCGCUAAUUUAUGUAAGAUAACUAAUAUCUGAGAACAGUAAAGACUAGAAAUGAGUGGCACAUCAGUUUUGUUCUUUGUAGCAGUUGUGUUCUUUGAUUGGUCUUCAUAUUUUAGCUUCCCACGCGCUAAAAAAAAAUAUAAGAGCGCUAAACUCGAACUGUGAGACACUCAGAAGUGCACACUGCAGGCAUCAUGAAAACAUCUACCUCAUCCAUUACGACCUUCAUCCUGAUCUGCUAUCUGUUUUUACCAUCUUUACACGCCAACUGCCCCGACAGAUGUGAAAAGGGUAAAAACGUGAGGGGUUGUACAUGCAAAAAAGAGUGCGCUGGUUAUGUGUACCAGUAUCUGCGACAAGGAGUCUUGAAAUGUGAAGAGUGCACUAACAAAUGUACCGGGAAUCAUAUUGAAGUAACUUCAUGCACUUUUGAACAUAACCGUGUGUGCCACUGCAGAGCUGGUUUCUUCUGUGAAAAUGGUAACAAUCUUUCCACAUAUUGCCAAAAUGGUUGUAAUCCAUGUCCGAUCGGCACGUUCUCCAGCGUGCCCUCUUUGAACCAAAGCUGCAGACCUCAUACAGAUUGUGCUAAGUUAGGAAAGAAAAUUCUGAAAGAGGGCACAGCGACUCAGGACAGAAAGUGUGGGGAUCCUGAGACUACUACACCCAUCCCAACCAAAGCCAUUAUCCCAGCCAAAGCCAUUAUGCCAACCAAAACCAUUAUGCCAGCCAAAGCCAUUAUGCCAACCAAAGCCAUUAUGCCAACCAAAGCCAUUACCCAAACCAAAGCCAUUAUCUCCAUGUUGUAUUCCAGUACAGAGGUUACACAAACACGCCGAAUGUAUUCAGGGUCUACGGAUAAGACUACCUAUGCUACCUCAGUAAACACAGGGGACAGUCAACUAUUGGAUCAAGCUCAAGACGGCAUGUCAAAAGACAACCUGCUGCUAUUAAUCCUGUUGAUAAUACUGAUGCUGGUGGUGGCUGUAUUCUGUAUGCUGAGAAAAAGCACUGCACAUAAAACCCUUUCAAAAUGGACAGAUUUCAUAUCUGGAAAGCACAAUUUAACAGAAAAGAGCCGGAUAGUGGAAGGUGACGCCCCACUCGACAGUGAUGUCAGAUGUCAGAGUACAGGAAUGAUGUCCCAUUCUGGAUCUGGACAGCAGGUCAACAUGGAGCACAAUGUGAAGGGUGAAAAUGUCAACAAUACUGUAGGGACCAUUGUCAUUAUCUCACCUGGCACGGUGAUUUUGGGCUCUAACUCAAGUGAUAAAAAAGAAGAUGCAGAAGUCUGUGAGGAGGAUAUUCCUCUUAUAUGCACACCUCAACAGGAGUCUACAUUGCCACAGGUCAGGAUCAAAGUGAGCGCGCAGGAAGAAAAGGAACUGAGUUUUCCUGUGCCUGCCACUGGGAAGUGAAAAUUCAAACCGUCCAGGACUUAACUCACCUUGCACAAUAGUGUAACCUCAAGUACUUGUGUCGGAGACCAAGAGCUUACAAAGUGAAGGAUGUUGCAACCUAGAAGAUGUUGCAUGCUAGCAUGUGAUCAUGAGUCAUUUCUCACUGUGUGUCGCCUUGGAUAAAAUCACUAUACAAGAUGGAAAGCGUCAAGUAAUAGAUGUUUUGAAACCUUUUGCGUGCACUGGAGAACAGACCGAUUUCAACAUAACACCGACUGUGACGUUCCAGUCGAGUUGUACGCCCCAACAUUAAAUUACACAUUAAAUUAAUUACAACAUUGUUACAAUGCUAAAAACAAAGUUGUGAAUGCUGAGUUAGCGUUAAAUGCUAGUUAAUGCUAUAUGCUAACGUUUAGUUAUAGCGUAUUAAACACAAACUUACCACUCCACUCUAUUAACAAUCUCCAAAAAAUUGAUUAUUCUGUAUCUACGUCUGAUAGAGGCUCAAACAUACAUAUCUUAUAUAUAUUACACACACACAGAGCUACUGAAGGAGCUGCUCUGAGAAAUAGCCAAUCAGAGCAGAGCUCAACAUUAUUAUUAAUGACCCUUUCAAAUAAGCUUAUAAUAGACCAUUUUAUAGAGGGUGCACAUGUAAAACAGUCUAUAGAUAAUUUUUGCACUUAAUAAAGUUACCUUCUUUGUAGAUAUUAGAGAACAAUUUAACAUAUUAUUUUAUUGCAUUCUUUGGCACCUUAAAUAUUAUUUUAUUGCAUAAGUGGAUGUUCUGUUACUGCGUGUGUGUGUGUGUGUGUGUGUGUGUGUGUGUGUGUGUGUGUGUGUGUGUGUGUGUGUGUGUGUGUGUGUUGUAAUGUGGGUGUGUAAUAUGCAUAUCUAAAAAUAACUCGUCUUUGGGUAAGUAUAGGUGUCUGAUUUUACUAAUGUGGGAGGUCUGGGCAAACUUUACCUUGUAUCUUAAAUAAGACACAUGUGUGGUAUUUUUGAUAAGAGUGGCUUUAUAACCUCUUCAUGGGAUAUCUGAGUGGUUUACUGAGUGUGAUCAUGUGUACUUAUUUUUGAAUGUUAGGUGUUCACACGACUGCUAGCCUAUGAAUUUUUCAUUGUAUAUUUGUAAAUAUAUUUGUUAUUGAUGCUUUGUUAAUACAUUUUUAACAUUUUAAUAUGAACGGUUUACAUGCAGACGUACCAGGGGGGAUUUAGGUAAAAUGGGACACUGACAUUAAAGUGUCCCCUUACGAUAAACAAGAUAUUAUUUAAAAUGUCAAGUUGUACAUUUUUAAAAGAGCAUCAGAAGAAUCCAUGCAGUGGGGCGUUUUGUACAACCCAGCUCGCACACAACCAACCUUCAACCUGCAAACAUGGUUAAAAUAAUGUCAGUUUGUUUGUUCAACAUUAAACUGCUGCAAAAAGUUAAUAAAAUGCUUAAAAAUCAACAUUGAAAUUUGGUUGAAAUAACGUUGUUUGUUC